AUGAUUGAAAUGCAAUUGGUGGCUUUGAUCGAACUUUUUCCGAGUGAUGGGUCCCGCGCUAUAAAAGAACCAAAAGACACUUCUUCUUCUCCCCAUAACUUUAUUGUAAUAAACAAUAUGGAAGCUAAACCCUUUGACAGAAGCGCCCUUGAACAACUCGUAACCAAGCGUUUCUUUUACGCCCCCUCAUUCCAGAUUUACGGCGGUGUUGCCGGUCUUUACGAUUAUGGACCGUCUGGCUGUGCAUUGAUGAACAACAUCAUCAACGUGUGGCGCAAUCACUUUGUCUUGGAAGAGGAGAUGCUUGAAGUAGAUACCUCUAUCAUGACUACCUAUGAUGUACUCAAGACAUCUGGCCAUGUUGAUAAGUUCGCUGAUUGGAUGUGCAAAGACCUUAAGAAUGGUGAAAUCUUCAGAGCUGACCAUGUUGUUGAGGCUGUACUCGAAGCUCGCCUCCAAGGUGAUCGCGAAGCCCGUGCUGCUGAGGCUGGAGCCGCCGCCGUUGCUGCCGAAGCUGCUGCCAAUGCUGAAGCUGACAAAGCCAAGGACGCCAAGAAGAAGAAGAAGAAGGGCACUGUUGUUGCCGUCAAGCUCCCUGACGAAACUGUCAAGCUUUACCAGGAAACUCUUGCUCAAAUCGACAACUAUGGCGGUGAACAGCUUGCUGAGCUCAUGAAGAAGAUGGAUAUUCGCUCCCCUGAAAGUGGUAACGAGCUGUCCACUCCCCAGGAAUUCAACCUUAUGUUCGAGAGCAACAUUGGUCCUACUGGUCAACUCAAGGGUUUCUUGCGUCCCGAGACUGCCCAAGGUCAAUUCGUCAACUUCAAGAAGCUUUUGGAGUUCAACAACGACAAGAUGCCUUUUGCCUCUGCCCAGGUUGGUCGUUCCUUCCGUAACGAAAUUUCUCCUCGCUCUGGUCUUUUGCGUGUUCGUGAGUUUACCAUGGCCGAGAUUGAGCACUAUGUCGAUCCCGAAGACAAGAGCCACAAGCACUUCAAGGAUGUCAAGGAUGUCAAGAUUAGCAUCCUUUCCAAGGAUGUUCAGCUGAGUGGUAAGACCACCACCAUCGAGAUGACCGUUGGUGAAGCUGUUUCCAAGAAAAUCAUUGAUAACGAGACUCUUGGUUACUUCAUUGCUCGUAUCUACUUGUUUUUGAUGAAGAUUGGUAUCAAGCAUGAACGCCUCCGAUUCCGCCAGCACAUGGAUAACGAGAUGGCCCAUUAUGCUUGCGAUUGUUGGGAUGCUGAGAUCCAGACCAGCUAUGGCUGGAUUGAGUGUGUUGGUUGUGCUGAUCGUUCGGCUUAUGACUUGACUGUACACUCCAACCGCACCAAGGAGAAGCUUGUUGUUCGUGAACAGCUUGCCGAACCCCGUGUCAUUGAGCAGUGGCAAGUAGAGAUCAACAAGAAGACCUUUGGUCCUAAGUACAAGAAGAGCGCAAAGGCUGUUGAGGAGGCUUUAUUGUCUUACACUGAUGCUUGCUACGUUAAGCUCCAGAAAGACUUUGAGACAACCGGCAAGUCUACCGUUGUUAUUGGCAAGGAGUCUUUCGAGGUAUCUAAGGAUGAUGUAUCUGUCAAGCGUGGUACCGUCACCGAGUAUGUCCGUGAGUACACCCCCAAUGUUAUUGAGCCUUCGUUCGGUAUCGGUCGUAUUCUGUACUCUCUUUUGGAGCACAGCUGGUGGGUUCGUGGUGAUGAUGAGGCUCGUAACGUCUUGUCCUUCCCCUCUAUCGUCGCUCCCUUCAAGUGCUGCCUGUUGCCUUUGUCUGGUAACGCUGCCUUUGAUCCUUUUGUGUACAAGUUCUCUCGUGAGCUCCGUAAGAACGGUAUCUCCACCCGCACUGAUGACAGCAAGGCUUCCAUUGGCCGUCGUUACGCUCGCAAUGACGAACUCGGUAUUCCUUAUGCCGUCACAAUUGAUUUCCAGACUGUCGAAGAUGGCACUGUCACUCUCCGUUACCGUGAUUCUACUGAGCAGAUCCGCGAUACAUUUGAGAACAUUGUCAAGUUGAUCAAGGAUGAGACCAACUAAAAUUCUAAAUAAUAGUAACAAUAAUAAUAAUAAUAAUAACCUUUCAUUCUUCCUUUGAUUCUUUCUAUCUUUCUUUAGCUGUCUUCCUCUUUUUCUUUGCAAUUUACAAAAUAAUAAAAUAACGGUUUAGAUAUAUGUAUAUAUACUUAUAUUUAUUUAUAUAUAU